GCUUCCCGCCGACGUCGAGCUCCACCCCAUCCCGCGGGGUUGAGCCCGGCGCGGCGCGCUCCCGGAUUGGGGCGAGGACGCGCCUCCCAACCGCCGAGCCAGGCUCGCCCCCGAGGUUUAGCCUCAGCCCGUGACUGAGGCGGGAGCUGCCAGUUGAGUCCCGAGCGCCGGCUCCGCUCUUCCUGCUGCUGUAGAAACUAAUCUUGGAUCAAAGAUCCCUGGGAGAGACAAUGAGCUAUUGCUAGGCUGCCUAUACUGCUGAUUUUCAGUUGAUUCCUGGAGUUUGAGGUGCCUGGAGUCAUGGCAGACUGGCUGCUCAUUGGAUUGUUUGCGGCACUGGUUGUGCUUCUGCUGUUGACGCUCUUUGCCUUCGCUGUUUAUUCGGGGCUCUUCACAGAAGUGAUUGUGAGUGCUGGUUUGCCCCCCUUCGGCAGCAUCACUGUGGCAUAUAAAUUCCAGGUGGGGCCUUAUGGUGACUCUGGAAGGCUGUUUACGGAGAGCUGCAGCAUCUCUCCAAAGCUGUGCUCCAUUGCUCUCUACUAUGACAAACCUCACACGGUGGAUCCAGAGAAAUGCCGCUAUCUUGUGGGUAGCAUCUUGAGUGAAGGAGAAGAGAAGCCACCUGAGGAAGUGGUGCGCAUGUUUCUGAAGUAUGGUUUCAAGAUCAUCAACUUCCCAGCCCCUAGCCAUGUUGUCAUGGCAACUUUUCCCUACACGACUCCACUGUCCAUCCAUCUGGCAGUGAACCGUGUCCACACAGCCCUUGACGUAUACAUCAAGGAGCGGAAACUGUGUGCCCAUCCCAGACUGGAAAUCUAUAAAGGCAACAAAAUCUAUUUUGUAUGCCCCCUUGCCCGUCAAGGGGACUUCUACGUGCCUGAAAUGAAAGAGUUGGAGAAGAAAAGCAGAUUAGCAGCAGCAGCAGCAGCAGCAGAAGCUGAAGAUGCUCAGAUAGAUAUCACAGGGGCCGACACCUUAAGUGAGAACAGCUCUGUCAGCUUGGAGACUACAACCAACAGCAGAGAGACUUCAGUGGCUACCUCCAUCUUGUCCCCCUUCACGUCUGGCCACAGCCGAGAUGAGGUGGACAAUCGCAGUGAGCACAGUUACAGCGAGUCAGGGGCUAGUGGCUCCUCCUUUGAGGAACUGGACUUGGAAGGCAAUGGCGAUGGUGAUGGAAUGGCAGGUCUGUCGGCUGACCUUGGUUCUGUUGAGGACCAGGACACCGCCAAGGCCAAAUGGACCAAGGAGCCUAUUGCCCUGGAGAAAGAAAGGGGCGAAGAAUAAAGCCAUUUCUUUUCUCGUGUUUCUUGGGGAUUGGAAAGAGAAACUGAUCAUCUCUCUUGCUUCUUUUCUGUCCAGCCAAAAGAUUUUGGUCACUAAUCUGUGUUGAGACCUGUCCUACUCUUUGUCUGCAGACAAGUAUUUGGGGUGUUAUAAAGGGAGAGCAGUUAUAACCA